AUGGCUCGGCCCUCCCCGACUCCAUUCUACACGUACCUGGCAUCACAGCAGCCACAGCUUCUGACUAUGCCUCGGCCUCUGCUUGUUGUCCUCGAUCUGAACGGCACUCUUCUGAAGCGCUCCAAAUUCAGCGGCGCCAACACUUUUGUUCCGCGGCCAUAUGUCCAGGAAUUCCUGACUUACAUAUUCGCCAAUCACAAUGUAAUGAUCUGGUCAUCCGCACGACCAGAGAAUGUAGCUACGAUGUGCUCCGAUCUCUUCACCCCACAGCAACUCGAGCAGCUCGUUGCUGUCUGGGCACGUGAUCGUCUAGGACUUUCGAAAGAAGCUUACAACGCAAAAGUUCAGGUCUAUAAGCAGUUAUCCCUCAUCUGGAACGACGCGACCAUACAAGCCGCCAAUCGUAACAAGGAUCAAAUGUGGACGCAAGCCAACACGGUCCUCGUCGAUGACAGCAUUGAGAAAUCUGCCAGCGAGCCGUACAACCUGGUUGAGGUGGAGGAGUUUCGGAACCAGCCCCAGCAGGUCAAGUCGGACGAUUACUUGAAGGCGGUGAUUGAGUACCUCAAGGUCUUGAGCUACCAAGCCGAUGUCAGCGCCUACAUUCGGAGCCAGCCUUUCCGCCACGAGUGCGGAAGCGAGUUUGUCGACACGAGUGCCGAGCAGGGAUCCACCACAUUCAAGGGAUAG